AUGUACCGACUACGGCUCAGGGCACCAGCCGGGCGCUGGCGAGCGCUCACCAAGCACCCGAUCAUGCUCCCCCGAGCCUAUGAAUCAGUGCGCUUCAUGGCAAGCGAACCAACCACAGACGCUCAAAAACAGAUGCCCUCAUCCCCGAUAGAUGAACGUAUACUGGACCGCAAAAAAAGAAUAGAGGGCAAAAAGGCGAGCAAAGCAACGAAAUGGGAAGCGAAAGGAGAAGCGACAGAAGAAGCAUCUACACCACCGCCGGUCCCAUCCGGAGGCGCCGCAGAGGCGACAAAACAGACUACUAAUGCUGUGGCACCAACUCCAACGAGAAGAGGUGUAUCCGCAGACCUAGCCCAAAAGUUGAGGAAUAACCCAUGGAAGCUCCCAGCGUCCUUUUGGAGUCAGCAUCAGAGAGUCUUUCUUGUCUUCAGACCUUUUUUCCACAGGAACAGAACACCGGAACGCUCCAGGAAAGCCUUUUACUUAUUAUACAAGAAGUAUGAGCCCUUGUUCCAACAUCUCACGGGCGAGUAUACAUUGGACAACCUGUGGGAGCUGGUAUCCGAGUACCGCAGACGAAAGGGAUUCGAAUCGGCUGAGGCAGCCGCAAUGCUUUGUCCCGAUCUGGACCACCCUCUCCCGGAGCCGCCAACCAUCAAAGAACUUGACGAGGCCUUGACCUCGGGUGACUGCAAGUACAUGGAAGAUGUCGCUGCCAUGACGCCCCAUGAGAUUGCCGAGCACUCCAGACAAAUGGCUCACGAGAUUGAGGUUCAAGACGCCGAGAACGUCCCCGAGGAAGGCAUACUUGACAGGAAGAGUCUUUUGAUCAGCUACCGGGCCCAGCAUGUCAUUUUGACCAAUGUCCAGACCAUCCUGGAGCACAUUUGCUUCGACUUCCUGAAGGAGUUUGCGCCCGAGUACAUUGCAAAAAUGGAAUGGGACACGGUCGAGAUGGCCGAGCUGGACAUAUCGGCCGGCCACAUGUUGCAAGCAUUUGGCGUUUUGAAGAGCCGCGCCGGACUGGCCAUGGGGAGCCGCGAGUGGGGCCACCUUAUGAACACGUGUGUCAGGGUGCGAAACCAUGCCGUUCACCGCGACCCGGUGGGGGAUGUGACCUUGAAGGACUGGAUCCAGACGGCUGUACGUUUCGCCGAGGCGCUCGGGGAAUACGAGCGUGCAGAUCAACUGGAGAGCGUGCUCAUCGAAGUGGGCGUGCGGACGAAAAAGGCGAAGAAGGCGAAGCGGAUGCUUACGAUCGAACUGAAGACAGGAUUGAAGGAGUUGGCACGGAAGCGGCGGGAGCUGGACCAACAAGAACGGGAGAUGAUGGACGGAAUGUAUGCUCGAGACACAACCGCCCGGGACAACAUCAGCAACGAGCUACGAGACUCACUGCUACGCGUCUUUGCUGGUAAAUAUUCGGUAACCACGCAUAGGGACGCGUCGGCGCGGAGGGAGAAGGCGCGGAGGGAGGAGGCGCGUAGGUUGGAAGAACAGCUUCGCGCGGAACAGGAGUUGGAGGAUCAGAAAGAGCAAGAGCAGCCGCAGGAGGAAGAGGAAGAGGAGGAAGCGGAAGAGGAGAAGGAGGAUGAGGAGGGGGAUGAGGACCAGAAGGAGAUGCUGCUGCAAGAGCGGGGAGGAUUGGAAGAAGCGGAAGAGUUGUAUCAGCCGAACAAGAGCCAAGAGCAGGAAGACAAGGGCCAGGCCAUCAAGGAGGCUGGCAUCGACGAUGGGGAGAGGCCGGCCCAAGAAGUCAAUUGGAGGGAGCUCGUCGACAACGUUGAUUUGCGGUCUCCACAGCCCGAAGGAGAGACGCUUUCAGGGCUCGGAGCGGUACCGCACAGUCACGGCACCGAUUUAGGACCCGCAGCAGUGGUGUUGAGGACGGGGAAGUUUGCUUUGCUGCCAACCCAUGACGACGGCACCAGCACACGAACCGCAGCAGAGUUGGCACCGAAGGCUGUGGCGCCAUCCGUCCACUCGGACCCUCUGCCAGACGAGAGCACAUCAACCGAAAGAGCAGAGGCGAAGCCGGAGGAGAAAUCGCGGUUGAAGAGCUUCUUCAAUAGAUGGCGAUUUCCAUUCACGUAA